AUGUUCGGACACCCUUUCGCGAUGGGGAUGGGAAUGCCCAUGAGCCUGCCGGUGGUCGUGCGGGAUCUUCGUGCAGACCGAUCCGGGCCCCCCAGAAUGGCCACCGUACGAGUAGGGGGCAUCCCGGUUGGCACCUUGAAUCUUGAUCCCAUGGGCAUGCCCUUCCCAGGCCACCUGGGCGCGGAUCCCCUGAUCAUGGAGGCGCUGAGCCGUCAGAGAUCACUCAGCCCACCUCGGCGUACGAGCUCCUUCACAAUGCAGCUCUACCACGAAACGAGCCCGGAGUAUGCAGACGAGAUCGUCAGGACACAGCGCAUGAAAAGAGGAAGCAGCGGUCUGGCGGGUGGUGGGAUCUACUUCGCAGAGAGCCCAGAAGAGGCCCGCAGGAAGGCACACAGCCAUGGGGCCAUGCUGCAAGCGACGGUUCGCCUGGGGAACAUGAAGAUCGUGCAUCGUAGUUCGGAUGAGUACUAUAGAGGACUCCAGAGCCAGGGCUACGACUCCGUCAAGCUGCUUGACCGCCCAACUGGCACAGAGUAUGUCGUGUACAGCUGGGAGCAGGUCAGCAACAUCCGCAGGGUUUGA